AUGCAACAGGCCCGCGCCGACAAGAAAGGGACACGCUACGACUCCCAGAACAGCCCAAUGCGACGGGCAGCCAACAGGGCCCGGGCCCUACAGUCGGUGGCGGCGGCACCCAAACAAUACCGCCGUCGCAUCAUCCCCAAUAGGCCGACGCUCGGCGCUGUCCGUGGCUUCAUCGGCUCGCCAGCGCGGUCCGCACGAACGGGUGAACCCAAUCCCAGCCGAGAUGAUGAACCACGACCGCAGGAUGCGGCUAGCGGAGGCAAGGGGGCUUCAGAGGGCAGCGGCCCAAGCCAGGACACAUGGCCGACAACGUCAACUUCGGUCAAUACAGCUGCUGGCCAGACAACCCCUUUUACGCCACCAGCUCCCACAGUUCCGACAGUACCAAUACCGGAAUCGGAACCCGCAACGGCCACGCAAUCAGCCGACGGGCCCAAGGAGACAUUCUCGGUGGCCGUUGGGAUUGGUGGUGGGCGUAAUCGAGCAGCACGGACCCGGAACCAGGACGGCAUGCCGGCCAUUACCCUUCCCGACUGGUUCCUAACGGACCGAGUUCGUCUGUACCGCGAGGACCAUACCACCUUUACGUCCGCACAAUCACUCAGCUCCGACCUCGAGGCAGCUAGCAAUCUCAUAUUCCCCACACCUCCUCAGACCUCAUCGCCGGACGACACCGACCUCUCCUCGCUCUCCAUUGGCGAUCGGGAGACACUACACCGCUAUUUUGACGCCUGGGUAGAUGGCGCCUCCUGGGACGCGCACAAGGUCGCCCAGGCUGCAGCGCAUCUGCGUGACGGUCAGCAAAUUGAGGCCGUGGCAAGGCGGGGGGCUGCCAUUGCUGCCGCUGCGUCAUAUGCAGUAGCAUCCAUCGCAUAUCACGGCCCUGGGGAAUUUCCUUUACCUUUAGAAAAUGUAUCUGAGGUGACGAAAACGGCCCAGAUUAGCCGGCUGGACCCGGAUAAUGCUCUGAGCCUCCCGCAUCGUCCAUUUGGCAAGCCAUCCAAAGAGGCGAUCAAGGCGAGCCUGGAGAAGGGCUCGCCACGCUCCAUUGCAAUGGCAGCAGACUCUGCCAUUGCGCAUGGUAUCCCUACAAGGACCGACUUCGGCGAGUACCUCGUGUUCCAGGAACUAUAUUCUACAGUUGCGACUGAGUUAGGCGCCGUGUCACCGGCGAAGUCGGGCAAGGACUCGAAACGGCCUGUGUCUGUCUUGGCUAUUAUGAACUACAAGGGCCGGAGCAAGGCUGUGAAUGUUAUUGACGACGUGGCCCGCGCCCUGUCAGCGCAUGUGGUUCAUCUCGAUGCUGGCAGCAUUGCAAACAUUGCAGGACCCUAUCUCGGCCAGACAGCCUACUGGGCUCGCGGGAAUAUUGCCAUGCUUGGCUAUUCGGCGGCGCUCAAGAAUGGCCAGACGGUUUCGCGAAGUUUGCCCAACAGCGACGACGACUCCGACGUGUCUCUGUCGCGCAUACCCGUGUCCAUUAUGAGGGUUUCGGGGAUGUCCCGGUUGCCAAUGAAAGGAUUCGCAACAUCUGAGCCGGACGACCGAUGGGAUGAUCUCAAGAUUAACAAUGUUCUCGAGGCCAUGGUUCGCGCUGCGGAUGCUACAUCCUUGCCGUCGUCGUCGUUGCCAUCGUCAUCACCAUUAUCACCGCAGUCAACAAAAAUGACACCUACGGCCACAAAGCCACAUAACCUGAUCCUUCACGUCCACCACUUUCUCGAACUGAGCUCCACCAUCGAAGGCACUCAGAUUCUCACCAAGUUACGCAACAUCGUCGACCGUCUCUGGCAAAAGGGCCGCAAAAUCGUUCUGGUUGGUUCUACAUCAGCCGACAUGAACGCGAACCCUAGUCUUCUAGAGAGAGCGGAGGACUUGCGCCAGGAAGACUGCCACGUCAUUCCAUACCGCGUGGCUGAAGGCACCUCGACUCGCAACAUGGAAGCACAGGAUACAUUCAACGAAAAUAUGAGCAACAUCCGGGCAAUGAUCUCGGCACUGACGUCCCAGCAGCUGAAUCUGAAUGCGUUCGCAUGGCCAAGCGGCGUCAAUGCUGAGCUUAAAUCUGCCCUCUCAUCUACAAUCUUUGACAUUCAUUGGGUGUACCGCUUUGCCGCACAGGUUAUUGGUAACAGCGGAUACAUGCCUUCCCCACAGCCCUCCUCACACGCACCCGCUCUCUCGUCACAGUUGAAAGACACUCUCAACGAGCACUCCUUCCUACGGGCGCUCCGAUCCACGCAGGACCAGGACAAGAUGUGGAAAGAGACUACCGGCGCCCAGGAACCCUACUACUCACCCCUUACGGUCAACCAAGAAACAGAUGCUGAAUCUGAGCCAACUCAUGAGGUUCGCAUCGGCGGCAUCCUCAAAAAAGUGUCGUCCAGCGACUACACCGAGUACGAAAAGAAGUUUCUCAGCGACCUAAUCGAUGCCAAUGAGAUCAAGACUACCUUUGACGAUAUCGUGAUACCAACUGAGGUCAAAGAGUCCCUCAAGGCCCUGACCUCCUUGUCGCUUAUCCGUCCAGAGGCUUUCUUGUAUGGUGUACUUGCUGCGGAACGCAUUCCCGGCUGUCUUCUGUACGGACCCCCUGGUACAGGCAAGACGCUCAUGGCCAAGGCCGUUGCCAAGCAGAGUGGCGCCAACAUGCUUGAGAUCAGUGCCGCGAGCAUCAACGACAUGUGGGUCGGCAACAGCGAGAAGAACGUCCAGGGUUUGUUCUCUCUUGCGCGCAAGCUGUCACCUGUCGUCAUCUUCCUCGACGAGGCCGAUGCGCUGCUCGGCGCCCGCCAAACCCGGCCCGGCCGUGGUGGGCAUCGUGAAACCAUCAAUCAGUUUUUGCGCGAAUGGGACGGCCUCGCAUCCAACAUGAAGGCGUUCAUCAUGGUGGCUACAAAUCGGCCCUUUGACCUUGACGAGGCCGUGCUACGUCGCCUCCCGCGGCGCCUCCUCGUGGACCUCCCACUUCGCGAAAGCCGCCUUGCCAUCCUUCGUGUGAUGCUACGCGACGAGAUGCUCGACAGCGAAACCGUCUCUCUCGAAAAACUGGCUGCCGACACCGAGCUGUACUCGGGCUCCGAUCUCAAAAACCUCUGUGUGGCAGCCGCCAUGGCUGCUGUUCGCGAGGAGGUGCGGGCACAAGCUGCACACACGGGCCCCGAUCCGUUUGUGUUCCCGGAGCGGCGCGUGUUGUCUGGCCGCCACUUUGACCGCGCACUGCAAGAGAUUGGCGCAAGCAUCAGCGAGGACAUGGCAUCCCUGCAGGCGAUCCGUCGGUUUGACGAGCGCUACGGCGACAACAGUAGCAAGCGCAGGCGCAAGCGGCAGCGGGGUAUGGGCUUUGAAGUGGCCAAGGGUCCGCCGCAAACCGAAGAGGCCCGUGUGCGGCAGCCCGCUUAG